CAUCGACGGUCGCGACGAAAACUAUGUAGUUCUGUGUUACGGUCACGCGACUCUGUGGUGUGUCUAUAUAUAUGUGUAUAUAUAGAGGGGAUUUUGAGCAGUGAAAAUGAUGAUGAUGGAUGUUGGGAUGUACGGAAAUCAUCACGGAAGUUCUUAUAAUCCAGACCCUAAUUUCUUCGGGUACACUGACGCUUCGAAUCAACACGUAGCCCAUUACCCUCCGUAUCAGUACGAAGACCAGCAGUUCUUGUACCCCGCGAGCGACGUUUUAGACAGUCCGCCGUCACCGGUUGAACUCAACUACUACCCCCAACAAAUCCUCCCCGAAAACCCCAUAAUCAACACUGAUACAGGCCUAAGUUACACUAAUCUAGAUUACGGACAUUCCAACCCUGCGUUUCCUCCAAAUUACGAAUUACCUUACCAAAGGGGACCACAGGAUCACGUGAGACAUCACGAGGAGGUUACAGGUACCAACGGACAUGUUUACACCGGUGAAAAUAAGUAUCAUAUUGGACAUGAUGUGGCGUACCAUUCCCAUCUGGUGCCAUCUGGAAGCCCUCCGAACUCCUGCAUGGAGUACCAGCAUCUUCAGAGGUACAAGGAGGAAGUGGAUGGUGACAGGAUGAAAAAUCACCAUGUGCAUUCGAUGAAUCCAGUGCCGACGCAACAGCCAAGCUUGCCAACUUAUAAGUGGAUGCAGGUCAAGAGGAAUGUUCCCAAACCAACAGUUCCCAAAGUCCCAUCAACAAACAUGGCCGAUUUUCCUCUGUCAUCCGUAGCGUCCUCUCUUAUGGACUCGUCCAAUCCAGCCUCCAGGAGCUCCUGUCUUGGAUCCAACGCCUCCAGCAUGCUUGGGCUCAACUGUCUUAACACCGGAAGGACAAAUUUCACCAAUAAGCAGCUUACGGAGCUCGAGAAGGAGUUCCACUUCAACAAAUACCUGACCAGGGCUAGAAGAAUAGAGAUAGCGUCGGCGCUCCAACUGAACGAAACCCAAGUGAAGAUCUGGUUUCAGAACAGGAGGAUGAAGCAGAAGAAGAGGAUGAAAGAGGGUUUGAUACCCCCAGAUAGCUCUAGUAUGAGUGGUAGUAACAAUAAUUCCCCAGGGACUACGACCCUGUUACAGAACGAAAUAUCGGGGAGUAAUGACAACAGCCAAGAAUCGAAUUGAUGAAGACGGUACUUCUAUAAGUAGGUACUCAUCUGGUCUAUCAGCUUAAAUUAUAUAAUCUAAUGUUUGAAUCCUUACUAAUCGAACUAUAGUGUCAUCUCCAGGUUUUUUUGGCUCAACGUAAUUGUAAGGA